ACCGUCCCGCGAUAAGACCUCCUGUGGAGAACAAUGCUCUCACAAUAUAAAGACUCACCUCCACCGGUUUGUUCUCCAACACCUUCAAAAAAAAUGGCCCAAUACAAGUACACUCUCCAGGAAGACUACUCCUUUGCUGGAGGCAUUCCAGAACCCCCAUUCACCAUCCACAAGUCUAUGCAAGGAAAGCUUGACCCCAAAUAUGUGGAGUUUUUCAAUACCAACUUGGCCCAUAAUUCUAACCUUAUGGCCACCCACCGGGUGCCACUUCAAGACAUACGCGCAUCAGGGAAUGUCAUUCCCGGACAGAGCCCGUUGGCAGACGUGAAGGAAACGUUCGAUAUCGAGAUUCCGCGAGUCCACACCUCUGGUCCCCCCAUUCCUGCUCGAGUAUUUGUCCCCAAUGGUAACCCACCUGCUGGAGGGUUCCCACUCUUUAUCUGGUAUCACGGUGGGGGCUGGGUGCUUGGUGGUAUUAGCACUGAAAACUCCUAUUGUACCAACGCAGCCGAACUCGCCCAAUGUGUGGUGGUGACGGUGGACUAUCGGUUGGCCCCUGAAGACCCAUUUCCUGCAUGUGUAGAUGAUGCUUAUGAAGCUGCAAUCUGGGGGCUUGCAUCAGCCCCCACCAUCUUGGGAAUCAAUGGCACCAAGGUUGCAGUGGGGGGUUCUUCUGCUGGUGGAAACUUGACUGCCAUUGUCACAAACAAGUACGCUUCAUCCCCGCUAGCACAAACCUUACCUCCAUUGGCAUUCCAGGUACAAGUAGUUCCUGUCACUGACAACACUGCCACUGCUGAAACCCAGCCAUCAUGGGGGGAAAAUGAGUUCACCGCCCAGUUGCCAGCCGAAAAAAUGUUGUGGUACAGAAGAUUAUACUUGCCCAAUCCUGAAGACGCAGGUAAGCCGGAGUCUUCUCCGUUGUUCUACUCCGAUGAAAGUAUGGCCAAAGUUCCACCAUGUUUUAUUGCUGCUUCUGAGUGUGAUAUUUUGCGGAGCGAAGCUGAAGCGUAUGCGGCCAAAUUGAAGAAAAACGGUGUGGAUACCACCAUCGUCAUCUACAAGGGCAUGCCACAUACGACGAUGGUGAUGGAUGCAGUGAUGGACCAAGGCCGGCAGUUGGUGGCAGAUACCACUGGGGCCUUGAAAAAGGCUUUCUAUGGUUAAAUAGCAAUAUAUUCAAUACGGUAUACGACAUUUCUUACUUCGUCUGGGUGGUGUUGCCGGUGUACAUGUCGUCACAAGUGAUUUUCUUGCGACCCAAUCCUCUCGCCAUACAGUUUUGAAAGAGUUUUCCAUACUCUA